UCUCUCUAUAUAUAAACCCAAUUCAGCCAAAUCCAAUCCCACUCGAAAAUCAUCUUUUUGCAUCCAUGGAAUUCGAAGGUGAUCAUCAAACUCACAGGGCCAAGCGUCUCUCAUAUGAGAAUGAAGAAAUAAAAAGCAAUAAGUUUUGGGAGGUGCCAGAGGAGGUGGUGGAGAAGAUUCUAUUGAGUUUGGAUGCAAAGUCUCUAAGAAGCUGUAUGGAAGUUUGUAGGGGUUGGUUUCAUCUGAUUAAUAACCCUAGUUUUGCAAACAAACACCUUCUUGGCCAACACCUGUUUCCAGUCAGUGAUGGUUUUGGUUGUUCUUGGGUUGAAGUCUCUUGCCGUACUUGGCGUACUUUGAAUGCAGUUAAAAGGAAGAAGAGAUACGUGUGCUCAACACCUCACUGUCCUGCCGUCAAAGAAAUCACCGUCGCUUACAAGAAAAUCCAUAAUCAUUAGUUCGGAGGACUAGCUCUUUUCUUCUUCAUAUUCUUGUGUUUUAGAGUUUGUUAAGCAAAACUGGCUGAAAAAUCUUUAUUAUAUAUAUAUAUAUAUAUAUAUAUGUUGAUCUUAUCUCUAUUGAAUCUUAAAAGUAGCGGUUACAAUAAGUUGUAUUUACUUUUGACAAAUUAAGCAAACUGUCCCAAUGAAAGAAGUACAAACAACUGAUACCUAAGCAGUUACUUAUAUUUA